AUGAAACACAUAUUAUGGACUUUUUUACUUAUAUCUUCUUCCUAUGCUGAUGAUUUGCCAGUAUUCAAUAAAUAUAUGGACAAUGAAGCUCUGUCUGAAAACAUUCCAGUUGGUCAAUCUAUUUACAAACUUGAAGGUGUUGAUUCUUUUGGAAAUGAAAAUGAUUUACUAUAUGGUAUAGAAGGAACUGAUCAUUUAGUUGUUGAUUCUAAUACAGGAGUUGUUACUGUUGCAAAACCUUUAGAUCAUGAGGAAAGUGAUACAUUAAGAUUUACUGUAACUCUUCAACAGAAAGACUCUGCUGAUGUUGUCAGACUUCCUAUAUCUGUAAUUAUAUUAGACGAAAAUGAUAAUGUACCUAUAUUUGUACAUACCCCUUAUGAAGGUAUGGUGAGUGAAGAAUCAAAAAUUGGCACUACAGUAUUUAAAUGGAUCCAUGUUGAAGAUUUAGACAAAGUUGGUGAACCACUUGAAGUUAGAUGUGAAUCAAUUUUUCAGAAUGAUGAUGGAUGUUUGAAAUUUAAAAUACAAUCCUUGAAUGUCAGUGAAAGUUACUAUUUGGGUGUUUUAGUUGUAAAUGGAGAUAUACAGUAUUCAGAAACUCAGUUUUACAAACUGUUACUAGUUGCUACUGAUGGUGUACAUGAAACCAAAAUAAAUUUAGAUAUACAUGUUAAAGAUAUUCAAAACAUGCCUCCUAUUUUUCAUGGAUCUUUAACUACUGUCAUUAGUGAAGAUAUAUCAGUAGGAACUCAUAUUUUAACAGUAAAUGCAAAAGAUGGUGAUAGAGGAGAUCCAAGAAGUAUAGUUUAUGACUUAAUACAAAAUCCUAUGGAUUAUUUUUCUUUAGAUGGUUUGUCUGGUGAUUUAAGUACCGCAAAGCCAAUAGACCGAGAAACUCUAUCUAAUAAUAAUGGUAUUAUUACAUUAACAGUUCGAGCCAGAGAAGUCUUUAAUGGCUCAGCUUUAGAUGACAAAUUAAGUUCAUCCACUGCUAUUAUUACAAUAACUGUUCAAGAUGUUAAUGAUGAACCACCAGUUUUUAAUAAGCGUGACUAUUUUAUAUUAAUACCUGAGAAUAUAGCUCCCGGCACUCCUUUACCCAACCUAAACAUGAGUGUUACAGAUUCGGAUAUAGGUGCAAAUUCAGAAUUUUCGCUGCGGUUGCACGACGAGUCAAAAUUGUUUGUAAUCGAACCAACCAAAGCUAUUGGUUCAAUAGAUGUUGGAAUAAAAUUAGCAAAUAAUGUGAAAUUAGACUAUGAAGAUCCUAAUCAGAGGAAGUUUAUUGUUUUGGUAAUAGCAAGUGAACCAAGUGAAAAAUAUGAUUUAACUUCAACAGCUACACUUACAAUUCAAGUAACAGAUGUUAACGAUAACCCUCCAGAAUUUGACAACAAUGCCUAUACUCUUACAGUAAAUGAAACAGCUACACCCGGAACUAUAAUAGGAGUAGUUAAAGCAACUGAUAGAGAUAGUAAUCCAAAUAUUGUUUAUAAAUUAAGUGGACCUUCGGCUGAUAAGUUUAAUGUAGACAAGAAUACUGGUAUAAUAUCUGUUGCAUUUUGUUCAAAUGUCGGAAAAGCACCAUGUCUAGAUUAUGAAACACAAUCAAAUUAUUACUUAACUUAUAUAGCAACUGAUGACAAUGGUAAUGGACAGUCAAAUUCAGUAACAAUAAUGGUUAUGGUAACUGACAGUAAUGAUAAUCCACCAAUUUUCAUUCAACACUCAUAUACAAGUCUCAUCGAUGAAGGAGUAACAAUAUUUGAACCUCCUCUUAUUGUUCAAGCAGUUGAUGCAGAUAAAUCAUCGUCAAUCAUAUAUUCAAUCAUUUCUGGAAAUGAAAGAAAUUUAUUUAAAAUAGAUCAAAGUAGUGGAGAAAUAUUAAUUUCAUCUCCUAAUGGACUUCAAAGAACAAAAAAUAAUAUAACACUCUUAAUAAUUGCAAGUGAUGGGGUUUAUAGUGAUGAAGCAACUGUGAACAUUGUUGUGUUAGAUGUCAAUAACAAUAGUCCACAAUUUUUGUUGGAAUCUUAUAAUGUUUCUAUUCAUGAAAAUGAACCCAUUGGUUUUAGUGUUAUUAGAGUUGAGGCGAUAGAUGAAGAUUUAGAUAUGAAUGCAAAUCUUACAUAUCACAUACAGGAAGGUUCUUUUAAUCAUUUUGCUAUUGACCAUAUUACUGGACUUAUUUAUACUUCAUCAAAACUUGAUUUUGAUCAACAUUCAAAUUAUGCCAUUAAAACAUUAUCAAUUGAUAAAGGCACGCCUGCAUUAACUGGGAGUACAACAGUAUUCAUAAAUAUAAUAAAUGUGAAUAACAAGAGUCCAGAAUUCACUCCAACAAUACAGCGAACAGAGGUGUCUGAAGAUGUUCCUGUUGGUACAGUUAUAUACCGCCUUAUUGCUCAUGAUCCUGAUACAAGUGACGAAAAUGCAUUAAAUUACUCUUUGGAUUCUUCAGAGAUCACUGGGGUUAGCAGCAAUGGAAAUCAAUUGGAUAACAAUGUAGAUAUUAAAAAUUGGUUCAAAAUUAGAGCAUCUAAUGGUGAUGUUAUAAUAGCCAAACCUAUUGACAGAAAUAUUGCAGCUAUUGUUAGUCUAUCAGUCGUAGUCACUGAUACAUCAGCUCCAGAAGUUCAGCAGUCUACAGGAACACUAAUGGUGACUAUUAUAGAUAUAAACGAUACACCUCCAGUAUUUAAGCCACCUUGGACUAAAGAAAAUCCAUACUAUACUGUAUCAUGUUCAGAAGAACAGCUAAUUGGUACUGUUAUUGAGAAAUUUAUUGCAACUGAUGACUCGGGGAUUGAUUACUAUGAUAUAAUACCAAAUAAUCCAUAUAUUGAUGUUAAUCGGACAUCAGGAGUUUUGUUCACUAAACAAAAGCUUGACUUUGAAACCAUUGAAAAUAUUAAUAUUAAUUUGAUUGCUUAUGACACUGGCCAUCCUCAACUUUCAACUACCGCUACUAUAUUUAUAAAAAUUACCAACAUAAAUGAUAAUACACCGGUUUUUAAUCAGACUGAGUACAAAGCAGAAAUAGAAGAAAAUGCACCAGUUGGAACUUUUGUGACAAUUGUAAUCGCCACUGAUGCUGAUAAAGGAUUGUUUGGACUAGUUCGUUACUCCAUAAUUGGCAAUAAAUAUGGUUUUAUUAUUGAUCAAGACACAGGAAUUGUAAAAGUUAAUGAUUCUAGUUUUCUUGAUCGUGAAGUAACGUCAGAAUUUAUGUUAACAAUUCAAGCUAAAGAUGAAGCUCCACCUGGUUUGGCAAAAACUGCAGUAGCAUUGCUAUUUAUUAAACUAAUUGAUGUGAACGAUAAUCCACCACAAUUCGACCCAAAAGAUUAUUCAUUGUCUAUUAUUGUCUCAACUCCUACAACACCUCUUAUGCAAUUGAAAGCCAUUGACAAAGAUCUGAAUUCAAAAUUGAAAUACUCUAUUAUAUCAGGGAAUAAAGAUUUAUUUACCCUUGAUAAGGACUCGGGAUUUUUAUAUUCAGCUAUGCCCUUGAAUGGUAAAAAAGGUAUAUAUUUGAUCAAAGUUGAUGUUUUUGAUGGUGUAUUUCGGGAUCAAGCAAAUGUUAACGUUACUGUAUUAGAUGUUAAUCAAAAUCAACCAACAUUUGUUCAUCCGUCAACCAAUAAUUCCACACUAUCUAUCCCAGAAGAUGUUAGUGUUGGGACCUCAAUUUUAACAGUUUGUGCUGAAGAUAAAGAUUUUGGAGAAAAUGGCAGAGUGACUUAUUUUUUCAAAGUUUCCAAUACAAAUGCACAACAAACUGAUGCAUUUACUAUAAAUACAGAAACAGGACAGAUAAAAACUCAAAUUUUACUCGAUUAUGAAACUAAAUCAUCCUAUCAAUUGGUAUUAGUAGCACGUGAUCAAGGAUCACCAACAUGGCAUGAAUCUUUGAAGCUUCUCACAGUCAAUUUAAUUGAUGUUAAUGAUAAUAUGCCUCGAUUUCCUGUAUACAAUGAUCAUAAACCAUUGUAUACGUUUUAUAUCAAAGAAAAUAAUAGACCUCAAUACAAGAUUGGUCAAGUUAAAGCAACUGAUUUAGAUCAAGGUGAAAAUGCACGUAUUUAUUAUUAUUUAGUAUCAAAUAUACCAGUUCCAUUUAUUGUUGACCGUCUUGAUGGAACUAUUUAUGCAAACAAUACAUUAGAUCGAGAAAAACAAAGUUCAUAUCAAAUUAUUGUCAAAGCUUCAAAUGAUGUCAGUUAUCAACAAAAAAAUAUUGGAGAAGAAGAGGAUUAUAGUUUGGCUAAAGUAUUAAUUUUGGUAACAGAUGAAAAUGACAAUGCCCCAGUAUUUCAAACUAGUCAUUAUUAUGCAGGAGUAAAUACUAUGGCCAAAGUUGGAGAUGUUGUACUUCAAGUAACAUCAAUUGAUCUGGACUACGAAGAAAACAGUACAGUUGUAUACUCUAUAGAGAAUACACAAUUAUUUAGACCGGGAUUAAAUAAUUUGACAUGGUCAUCUUCACUAAAAGAUCCUUUUUCAAUUGAUCAAUCCGGCCGUAUUUCUACAGCUGCAUUCUUAGCGGAGUAUAAUCAAGGACGUUUUGACUUACAAAUAGCUGCCAAAGAAAGCGCACCUCCCCAUAGAGUUGCAUCAACAAUAGCCACUGUAUGGGUGUAUGAAACCCACCAAUUAGUAAAGUUAAUAGUGUCACGCGCCCCACAAACUGUUAAUGAAGGUCGAGAACAAAUACUCUCUAGUUUAGCAAAUGUGACUAAUAUGAUUGUUGUAUUGGACGAUGUUCGUUACCAUGUUAACCAGCAUGGUUAUAUUCAACCGGAUUGGAGUGAUGUGUACUUACACUUAGUUGAUCCAACAAGAAAUGAUAUAAUGUCUAGUUGGGAAGUCCUAACUAUCAUUGAUGAUAAAUAUGAUUAUUUGAAAGACUAUUAUCAUAAUUUUGCUAUUGAAAACGUUGUGCCUGCCUUGGUCGUUACCCAAAAUGAAUCAUUUGAACCUACUAUAGCUGCUUUGGUAGCUUUAUUAGUGGUAUUGACUGUUGGAUGUAUUGGUGUAUUAAUAAUUUGUUGCUGCUUCAGACAUUGGAUGUUUUCGGAUUUGGACAAUAAUUCAAUAAAGAACGAUAUAUUGAUAAAAAAAGCUGUGAUUGAUGAUCUCAGUACUACCGAAAAUCCUCUCUGGAUUGAACAAAAAUUAAAGUUAUAUGAAGAACAAGAAUUAACUAUGCAAGUUUUUUGUGAUCUAGAAAAUAAAGAAAUGCCGAUAAGCCAAGAUAAUAUAGUGGGAGAUAAUACUUAUGCAACAAUACGGCGUCCUUCUCGCCGUGGCUCUAUAAAUACUUUAUUGACGAUGACGCCAGGCGAAUAUGCUACUUUGGGAGGAUCUGUCUUACCGUUGCCUCCCGAUGGGGGCACUUCUCAUAGUCAACAAUUGUUUGAAGCUUCACUCGGGUUUCAAGGAUCUACAUUCCAAGUCCCAGAUUCUGCUCUGGAUACUAGUAAUCUGCUAAUAAACAACUCUGAUAUAUGA